UUUUUUUUUUUCCCCUUUGGUUACGCCAAUUUUUCAGAUACCUUUUCGGCUACUACGAAUUUCCUGCUUCUCUGUUUCGCUCUGCACUCAGAGUUUGUAACUUUCGAGAUCUCGACGUCACGUUUUAUCUGUUACGCCGAAGUCCUGCGACCACAGUGAAAAUCCCUUUUCGCAACGUACGCGUAACGUUCCUUCGUUAAAUAAUCCUAUGGCGUUUUACAACGCGUUAUUAACAGACAUCAAUAAAACGUCUAGUGUCGAGUACGUGAGGUGUGUUUGAAAAUACAAAAAAGUAAUACACGUGAUAAUUUCAUUAUCCACCAAAAGCAUAUCCACUCAAGAAAGUAUAUCAAAAAAAAUUCAACCAAGAAAUCGACCAUGUCGAAAGUGAUAUAAAUCGCAUAAAAAAAAAGUGCAUCUCACUCCAAACAAUCAAAAGCAGCAGAGUGCGCCAAUAUAAGCUCAUAAAACUGCAAUUGAAAAAUCAAAACUGCCUGCGAUACUAUCGAUCCGCUGCGAUCCAGGAUAUCGAAUUCUUUGAUCGAAUCUAAUUGGGAGGGAAAGGAGGCGAAGAGAAAAUCAAAUCUUUUUUUUUCCAUUCGGGUCCCUUCGGCUAAAGUCGGUAAAGAUCGUCGGAUUGGCUACCAAACUGCCCCAUUUCCAAAAAAGACCUCAUUACCCGUAAGAAUUUAUUAAAGAGACAAUUUUGAGAGAGAGAGUUACCUGACUGAUCUCAAAAUCAAAAUUCGUCAUUAGCAAAUUUUAACGUUUCAUCGACGUAACGAUAAUAAAAUUCAAAAAAUACCCCAAAAAGUGCAUUACCGAAUUUCGACCAAAAGAAAAAGACUAGUUCUCAAAGCAUAAAUACUAAAAAUCAAAAUCCACAAGGAAUCCCAGUAUCCGCAAAAAAAGUGCCAAGAAAAUCCUGUAACACGUUUGACCGAAAUCGAAAAAAUUCAAAAUGCUAAAAACGUAAUCAAAAAAAUCACAACUGUCAGUGAUCAAGAAGAAAAUCCAAAAAGAAUGGACUGACCUAAAAAAAAACCGCAAGAAAACUGACGACUCUGCACCGCAAUCAAUUCCCAAAAAAACGCAUAAAUUGGAUCUCAAGAUAAAAAAAAUGGAUGCCCUCGAACUUCAAGCGGCGCUGGUCAAGCUGGACCCAGCGACAACGGUAACGCCGAUCGGUUCCAGCGUCAAGCUGAUACCCAUCGAUCGCAUGUCUUUUUACGUGAACGACGAAGGUUACCUGACGUGUCGCAAUCCGACGGAGUCCCAGGACGAAAAGUUGACGGAGAAGUUGCAGAGCGUCGCCACGACCACCGGUCCGAGUAACGGGGGUGGCGGUAGCGUUGGCUUAGGCGCUGGCGUAGGCGCUGGCGUCGGUCUGCCGGCGUCAAAUCGUAACCACGAGAAUCCACAGGCAGGGGCGUCGAAAUGCGUCCUUGGCGAGGUCAGGUGACGCCAACCUUGUUUCGGCGUCAAUAUGGUUUACCAUACGUAUCCACCCCAUAGGGGUGGAAAGCACCAUGGGAAACAUCACGUAAAGGAAAAACGUCACUAUCACCAUCACACUAUUCAUCAUCAGCAUCAGCAUCACAGAACG